UGUGUUUGGUUUAGUGCAAUCGAGUCACCCUACUGGCAAAAUGAAGUUCAAUUUGGUUCUGCUUACUGGGAUCGGUUUGGUUGCUACGGUCUGCAGCCAGCAACAAAUCAAUCCGGAAUGCUUCAACCGACCCAACAAUAAGCACCUAAAGGAAUGCUGUGCAACUCCUAAUUUUAUACCGACCCGAGAAGAGUUCACUACUUGCAUGCAGAGGUUCCCGAAACCAGAUUUACCACCAACACCGGGAAGUUCUCCUCCUGUUUUUAAUUGCAUGGCCCAGUGUAUGCUCGAAGAGUUGGGCAUUAUGACCAACGAUGUGCUGAGUAAGGAUGCGGCCACUUCCAAGUUGGUUUCACUUGUCGGAUCAUCAAGCGACUGGCAAACGGUUGCCAAGACUUCAGUGGACACUUGUUACCAGAAAGUAGCCGCGACGCUAUCGGAAAAGAACAGUCUAGGUUGUAGCGUCGCCGCAGGUACCUUUUUUGACUGUUUGCCUACUACGAUGUUCACGGAUUGUCCAACCUCAGCGUGGACCCCCAGUGAUGAAUGUAAUCAACUGAAGGUCCAUUUACUAAAUGGUUGUCCGAUCAUGACCUUGAUGAAGGGGCCGAACAUGCCUUAA